AUGACUUCAACGGGGUUUGCCUACGGACUCCUCGAUGUCUUAAAUCCUCAUUUCCAAUCUUCCCUCAACAUCACACCAUCAAAAGCCUCAGGUCUAUCAGCCGCCUACUUCGGCGCGUAUGCACUUUGUCCAACAACAAUAAGUGGAUGGGUACUUCGAAAAUGGGGAUUCAGAGUAACCUUCAUGACCGGACUUUGUGUCCUUGCCGUUGGUUGUCUCUUGAUGUGGCCCAGCGGAGUGAAGCAUUCAUUCGGUGGAUACUGCGGUAGCAUGUUUGUUGUUGGCGCCGGACUUUCCACUUUGGAAACCGCCGCAGAUCCAUUCCUUUCCAUCUGUGGCCCUCCCAGAUAUUCGGAAAUUCGACUGAAUCUCGCACAAGCAGUGCAGGCCGUUGGUUCUUUCGUAGCCCCUCUUCUAGCCUCUCGUGUAUUUUUCGCCAAGACAGUCAACAAUGAUCAGGGACUUAAGAAUGUCCAAUGGACGUAUCUUGGCGUCGCUGGCUUCGUAGGUUUAUUGAUUAUCUUAUUUUAUUUGGCGCCAAUGCCAGAAAUUACAGAUGCCGAUAUGAGUACUCAAGAAUUAGAAAUUGCCGAUUAUGACCCAGGACCAUUCCGAAGACAAUUCAAUCUCUUCCUCGCUAUUUGGAGUAUGUUCUGUUAUAUCGGUGCACAAGUUUCCGUCGCCAAUUACUUUGUGAAUUUUUGCGAAGAAGCAGGCAGAGACGCAUCUACCAGCUCCGACAUGUUUGCCGCAGGCCAAGGUCUCUAUGCAUUCAACCGUUUCGUAGCUGGCGGAAUCAUGACCUUCAAAUCCGUCAAACCUCGCUAUAUCCUAGCAAUAUACCUCUUCCUCUCAUGGGUCUUCGUUCUCUCCGCCUCGCAAUCCUCCGGCACGGGCAGCAUCGCCUGUCUAGUUCUAGUCCUCUGUUUCGAAUCCGCCUGUUUCGCCACAACCUUCACCCUCGGUCUGCGCGGUCUGGGUCGCCAUACCAAACUCGGCGGAUCACUCCUAGUAGCUGCGAUUUCUGGAGGUGCAGUCUUCCCGCCUAUGACGGGUGCUCUGGCUACACAUUUGCAGAAAACUGGAAGCAAGAAACCUUUUCAUAUGGCGAUGUUGAUUCCGAUGAUGGGGUUUGUCUUGGCGUAUAUUUAUCCGUUGUAUGUUAAUUUCUAUGUUAAGGAGAGGAUGGAUCAGAGGAGAUUGACGGCGGUGGGUAUUGAGCUGGUGAAUGACAAGGAAACGUUGAAGCAGACGGAGAGUGCUGCUGCGGCUGUGCCGGGUAAGGAGCUUGAAGCUGGCAGUGGAGCUGUGGAAACAGUAGAACGAAUAUAA